ACUCCACAGGUAAUCAUGGAUCUGAUCAACUCUACUGAUUACCUGCUCAGUGUCUCUAUUUCAGUAAGAAAUAGCACUCAUUUUCUAGCUCCUGCCUCAAAAAUGAUUGUUGCCCUUCCUUUGUUCAUGUCAUUUGUAGUUGGUACCAUCACCAAUGGUCUCUACCUAUGGGUGCUAAAAUUCAAGAUGAAAAAGACUGUCAAUACUCUCUUAUUUUUUCAUCUUAUUCUCUCAUAUUUUAUUUCAAUAUUGAUUAUGCCAUUCUUAGCCAUCUCCUACCUUCAAGACAAUCGCUGGAGCUUUGGAAGUGCCAUGUGCAAGGCCUUCACUGGCAUUUUGUAUACAGGAAUGUACGCCUCUGUUUUCUUCCUCUCGGCCAUCAGUGUUGAUCGGUACCUUCUCACUCUUCACCCAGUGUGGUCACAGUUGCACCGAACCCCACGCUGGGCUUCCAGCAUCAUCCUGGGAGUCUGGAUCUCUGCCUCUGCCCUCAGCAUGCCCUAUGUGGUUUUCAAAGAGACAUACGAUGACCAUAAAGGAACAGUGAUCUGCCAAAAUAACUAUGCUGUGUCUACUAACUGGGAAAGCAAGAAGAAGCAAACAUUAGGAAAAUGGAUUCACGUAGCCUGUUUCAUCAGCCACUUCUUGCUGAGCUUCUUUUUGCCUUUCUUCAUCAUCACCUUCUGUUACCAAAGAGUAGCCAACAAGAUGAAAGAGAGGAGCCUGUUUAAAUCCAACAAGCCCUUCAAAGUCAUGAUGACCGCCAUUAUCUCCUUCUUUGUGUGUUGGAUGCCCUAUCACGUGUACCAGGGCUUAAUUCUCGCCCAGACCCAAUCACUGCUUUUACAGUUCGCUCUGAUACUUACAGUCAUAACCACUUUCUUCAAUACUGUCUUCUCUCCCACUCUCUACCUAUUUAUUGGGGAGAACUUCAAAAAGGUUUUCAAGAAGUCCAUUCUUGCCCUGUUUGAGUCAACAUUCAGAGAGGAUUCUUCAACAGAAAGGACACAAAAUCUUAAUUCAGAAGCCUACGUUUAAAUUCUGGAUCCAAGAGCAAACAAUGGACUUGUAGUCAAUUACCAGACACGUACCCUCUGCUUUUGUGUAAUAAUAUCCCUAUACUAGAGAGACAUCUAGGCUGUACUAUAGUGAGAGCUGGGAAUAUUAAAAGGGCUGUAAGGAAGCAAGCAGUGGGUGAUGUUGCAAUUGUGAUUAUUUUUACUCUUUUUUU